GUUUAGGGAAAAAUACCCUAAACAAACUAGCGUUUUUCCCCCCUCUGGUCACGAACGAGUGUUUUCUCCUUUCGUGACUCUUGUGUCGCGGGCAGCAGUUUUAACGUCGUGUCUCGGUAAAGGUUUUUUUAUUUGGCGGUUUAUAUAAGUAUAAGUGACCACAGUGACGCUGUGUGUAUCACAGUGGAGGACGCUCUUUCUUUGACUUUGAUUGUUUUUCUACGUCGGGUUUAACUACAGCGUUUUGAGGAACCAUGUCCGACCUGGUGCUGUUGCUCCUCAUAGUCGCGCUCUUGCUGUGUUUGCUAGUGACACUCGGGGCUUUCGUGCUUUUCUCUGGGCUCCUGUCGGACGUGAUUAUAAAGACCGGGCCCCCUCCUAUUAAGAACGUUACCAUUGCUUAUAAGUUUAAAGAGGGAUCCUACAAAGACUGUGGCGCGUCGUACACGGAGAGCUGCAGCAUUGGGCCGAAGUUGAGCUCCAUCGGCGUCUUCUACGAUGACCCCAAACAGAGGCCUGCGGAGAAGUGCCGUUACGUGGUGGGCAGCAUCCUGUGCGAGGGUGAGGAGAAGCCCGACGAAGAAGUGCAGAAGAUGUACGAGAAGUUUGGCUUCAAGGUGUUUUCUCUGCCAGAAGUGAGCCACGCCGUGACCACCAGCUUCCCCUGCACCACGACUCUGUCCCACGUGCUGGGACCGUCGCGGGUUUAUCCCAGACUCGCUUCUUACAUCGAGGAGAGGAAGCUCAGCGCGUUCCCGUACAUUGAGCUCUGUGGCUCUGACAUCAUCAACUACAUGGUGCCGCUGUCCCGUCAGACGGACUUCUUUGUUCCAGAGAUGAAGGAGGAGGUGAAGACGGAGGUGAAAGAAGAAGACUCCGAUGAAGAUAGAGGAACUGACAUCACAGGUGCCGACUCCCACAGCGACGUGAGCUCAGUGAGCGGGGGCGUGCCCUGGGACAGCAGAGAGACGUCCCUGGCUGCCUCCACCGCUGCGUCUCUGGCGUCCUCUCUGCCGCUGAGGGACGUCCUGGACGCAAACGAAGACGUUAAACACAGGGACCACAGCGACAGAGACUCGAACCGCUCCGUGGGCAGCGGCUCGUCCUUCGAGGAGCUCGACAUGGAUCAGGAGGAGCAGGGGGGAGUGGGAGCGGGAGAGGAGGGUGAGGAGAGGGGGCGGGGGGAGAAGCAGCAGCAGCAGCAGCAGCAGCAGCAGCAGCAGCUCCCCCCUCAGGCUGAAGGUGGAGCCAGAGAAGCUGAUGAACUUAUGUCUGAGAAGAAGGAGUCCUUGGGGGACGGAGAGGAGUAGAGAGGAGGAGGAGGAUGAAGAGAUGUGAGACGUCGGCACUAAACACUUGUCAGCUGUUGUUGCUGCUGUUGGUCAUGUUAAUCUUGACAGUGGAUCUGAAGCAUUUCUCUUCAAACACCUUUCCUCACCCUUUACUACCAUCCAAACGCUCAUUAAACCCAACCUUCAACCAUAUAUCAACUAUUAUCACCACUGACUUCUUCUUCCAACAUAAACUUCUUUCUCUCGUACACGUCGUGCUGCGGUUCACCAUCAGCAUAUUUUUUUUUUUUUUUUAAUUUCAUUUCAUGUUUCUAACUCAAUUUGUUCUCCUCCUUGUCUCACCUCUAAAGCCGUCCCCCACUUCCAUCGUCUCGUCCUGAGGGGACGUAGGUCAAGUGUUUGUGUGCAGUAAGUGUGGUGUCUCCGUGUGCUGUAUUAACUCGGACGAAGACGUGAGGGAUGACGAUCGCCGGGGUCUCGACCCUCCCAUGUCCUCAUGUAAGUCCUGGGGAACGUUGUCGUCUCAGGUCUGAGGACAUCAGUACACUGUCCACUGUUGGAGGGGACAGAGGGGACAAAGACAACGAUUUCUCCUGAAGGAAACACAAAGUAUUUAGUCAUUUUUAUUUUUAUUUUUUUAACCAUUCUCCUCCUCUCUUUGUAGCCAAAACUUCCCACAAUCCCACAGACUAGCUGUAAUGUAUGUGUCAGUGCUGUAAUAAAAUUUUUAAAUGAC